CAAGCAGGACGUAGGCGGCUACGCUGCCCUGCAUCAGUGAUUGAGGCUCCAACGGUUCGUGGGAAAGCUGUACAGAGGGAAUUGUAUAGGCACCAGUCAUCAGUCUACCUGGUCGCGCACCGAUCCACUGAGACGUUAGUAAAGACAUACUCUCGCCAUCACCAUGAAGAGGCCUUGUGAGGAUAGUACUUCUGACAGCGACAUGGAUGAAACUAUUGAUGUCGGCAGUGAGAAUAAUUAUUCUGGGCACAGCAAUGGAUCAUUUAUUAGAUGUGGCUCCCCAACAACAACAACCCAAGUUAUGGCAAGAAAAAAACGAAGAGGGAUCAUCGAGAAGAGAAGGAGGGAUCGAAUCAAUAAUAGUUUAUCAGAGUUACGUCGACUUGUUCCAACUGCAUUUGAAAAACAAGGUUCUGCCAAAUUAGAGAAAGCAGAAAUAUUGCAGAUGACAGUGGAUCACCUAAAGAUGCUGCAGACCACUGGCGGUAAAGGGUAUUUUGAUGCCCAUUCCCUGGCUAUGGACUUCAUGAGCGUGGGCUUCAGGGAGUGUUUGACGGAGGUGGCCAGGUACCUGAGCUCUGUGGAGGGAUUAGACAGCAUUGACCCCCUGCGCGUGCGCCUGGUAUCCCACCUCAGCACCUGCGCAUCUCAGAGGGAGGCAGCUGCCAUGACCUCAUCCAUGGCACACCACCAGCAGGUGCUCCCCCCUCACCACUGGGCCGCAGCCUUCCACCCCCUCCCCGCCGCCUUCCUCCAACAGAGUGGACUGCCCUCCUCAGACAGCGCCACCAGCAGACUGUCUGUGGAGGUGCCCCAGCGCGGCUCGGCCCUACUAACAGCCACCUUCGCCCACACUGACUCUUCUCACAGAGCGCCCUCUAAUGGCAGUGUGGCACCCUGCGUCCCCCCACUCUCCACCUCCCUCCUGUCGCUCUCGGCCACCGUUCACGCGGCGGCCGCUGCUGCUGCGGCCCAGACUUUCCCCCUGUCCUUUCCCGGAGGAUUCCCCAUCUUCACACCUCACAGUGUGAGCAGCACAGCAUCUAUGGUCGCUUCAGCUGUGUGCCCCUCCAUUUCCACCACAUCCACCUCACAGCAGAGCAGAGACCGAGAGGGCAGCAGCAAACCAUACAGACCUUGGGGAACAGAAGUGGGAGCCUUUUAAGUGUUCGACUUUUACAAGGUCUCAGUGUGGCUGGAGGUCAUCCACACUAUACAGAUAAAGGAACAAUAAUGUUUUAUUAACUAUGGCUUUUUUUGUGUCCAUGGACUUUUAUUCCGACAGCUUAUUUCAUUUCUGGCUGUGUGCAAAUUCAGAGCACAUGCAUGCAAGCUCUCUCAUGGGAGAGAGAGAGAGAGAGAGAGAGAGAGGAUAAUUAGAUCCACUUAAAAUGUACUAAUGUUUUAUUUUUAUUAAAGAACAGCACUCAAAUUAGACCUCUCUAGACUCCAUUUUCUCCCUCUUCAGUGUCAGUUUGUUUUCAUAAUUUUCUUCACUGUCACUAUUGCUUUAGAGCAUGUGUUUCCCCAACAUUGGCUGUUUAAUUCACAUUGUUAUGAGCAAUAUUUUCAGAAUUUGAGAAAUGGAAACGAGAUCCAGCAGAAGUUUUGUUUUGCUUCGAUCUCAACUCUUGGUGGAAAAUAGUGUGAUUAACAAUCACUAAGCAGUGUCUUUAGUUUGGAGUUGCUCCAAUCAAUCAAAUGAAGAACAUUGGAGGAAGAACCAAAUGUUUUGGAGAUAAUAAGGCAACACAUGAAUCAAUGUAGUGUGUAUCUAAUCAAAUCCAUGAACUAACAAGUUUGUAAAUAUGUAUGAAUAUUAGAUGAACUAGAAGCUAUAUUGAAGGUAGAGGAAGACAUAUUUGGUAUGAUGCACUUCAAUUUGCUGCUGGAAACACGACAGGAGCUUUUUUCUUUAGAAAGUACAAAAACAACACAUCACAUCACGGUUCCAACUGCAGUUCAAUGAUAUUACUAUAACUUGUCUUUUUAUAUAACCGGUUUCUAUGCAAACAGCCCUCUAUAGA